AUGUCUCGCAACGGCUUUCCUGUCUCCACCAUCGGUAUAGCUAUAUAAUCCUUGUCUUUGGCUUGGCGGAUCACAUGCUAACACGUGCUGUUGCUAGACAUCACCCACAUGCCACAAUGGCAAAUCGAGUCACUUAUCCGCAAUCUGGUAUCCGAGAAUCACAUGCUUGAGGUCGAGAAGCAAAAGCUUCAAAGUGAAAAGGACGAGCUGGAGAACAAGGCCGAGAACGACUACUGGCUCAAUUGCGCGAACGCAGAGCUCGCCGCCGAGCGCGACGAUGCAAUUGAGUGCAGUGAAAAUCAUCGCCUAGAGGCCAAGCGCGUACGUCACAUGGCCAUGAGACAGGCAAAGACACGUGAUGAGUCUGACAUGUGACAUUAGAUCUCGAAGAAUGCUAUAAUGCGCGGAAAGACCUACCAGAGCGAGGCCGAGCAACUGCGCAAUCAGAAGGACGCAUUGGUGAAGGCAGCGGACAAGGUAGCACAAGCUGCCUCACACGUGGACUUGCCCCCUGCUUUGGGCAGUGCCGUGCGCGAACUGAAGAGCGAGGCAGACAGGGCUAGAAACUAG